AUGUCCAACGCAAGUGAUCAACAGACGAACGGAUCGUCGACGUUUGCCUUCAAGGCGGUGGACGGAAUAAACCUCUUGAUGGACGUGUACUCCCCAUCCUGUCAUCGUCCAUCAUACACGGCAGACGGUUCCAGCUGUCCAAUCGUAGUCUACUUCCACGGUGGUGGCUUGACCGUUGGCAACAGGAACAGCUGGUUUCCGCACUGGCUUUAUAGGCGAAUGACUGCCGCAGGGUGUGCAUUCGCUUCCGUCGAGUACCGCCUUGCACCGCCUUCUACCGGACAUGACAUCCUAACGGAUGUUCAAGACGCUUUUCACUUUGUAUUGCGCGAACUGAAUGGCCAUCUCUUGCAAAGAAACAACGGUCACAAUGCCGAAAUCACUACUCCUAUAUUCCAGAUCGACCCGGGACGCAUUGCUGUCGUCGGAACAAGUUCUGGAGGACUAUGCGCAUAUCUCGCUGCAAUGCACGCGGUGCCGAGCCCAAAGGUCAUCCUCUCUAUGUACGGUAUGGGCGGCGAUAUGCUGACAACCCACUACUUCAUGCCAAAGCAGGAAGUCUUCUUUCGCGGGCGCGAACUUCUUGACCCGGCACGCUUCUCUGAGUAUCUGUACCCCGCCUGUCGCCGUCUACCUGCCACUGCGAACUCUCCGUUAGCUUAUCAUCCACCUUCCUCGCCAACGCCGGGCUAUCCUGCUAAUCCACGUAUGCAGCUCGCGCGCUUAUACUUCCAGCUAGGCACCUACCUGGACUAUUACACGGGCCACCAUGAACCGAGCCUUAGUGCUGCCCUGCAAGGAGCCGCCAACACACCCUCACACUCCGGGCGAGAAUUGGACGCCGAUAUGUUGAUGUCUCUUAUUCCAAGCGAUCUGCUCCACUUGUUCCCGCAGUAUUCCAUAUCGAAAUCGACAACGGGACUUCGCCGCUGGCCUGCGACCUUCCUGGUACAUGGCACAGCUGACACGGCUAUCCGCGCGGACGAGUCUCGCAACCUUCACGCCAUUUUACGGCGCGCAGACGUGGAUGUUACGCUCCGAUUGGUCGAAGGGGAGGAACACUCUUUCGACUAUGUGCAGGAUGCCGAGGGGUUGUUCGGCGGGGAAGGAGGAUUAUUUGACGAAGCCUCCGACUUCCUCCUUCGCCAUCUGGGUGUCACAGGGGCUCAACCGUGA